AUGUUCGAAAAUGUCUUCCCGUUUCAACACACCCACCAAGCUCAGCCAAGACUGCGCGAUGCCACUUCUUUCUCCCAAUCUAGCGCCGCUGCCGCAAGUAGUAACAUAAUCGACAUCCGCUCUCACCCCGAAAAGACUGAAGACACCCUCCGCGUAUCGAUCCAGGAGAGUCUCGACAAGAUCACAAGCGCCCAGGGCAAUGAAGCAGGUGCUGAAAUGCCCAGUCUGCUUCUUUGGGAUGAACAGGGUCUUCGAUACUUUGAGGAUGUGACGUACAGCCCUUCGUAUUAUCUAACCAAUGAAGAGAUUGGUUUGUUGGAGAAGAAUAAAUAUCAAAUCGCGGGACGGAUCGUGUCGGGGAGUAUGCUUGUUGAGCUUGGGAGUGGAAAUCUGCGCAAAAUCAAAAUCCUCCUCGAAGCCCUAGACGAACUCGGCCGAGACGUCGAUUACUUUGCGCUCGAUGUCUCAUUACCUGAGCUCCAGCGCACGCUCGCCCUCGUGCCGCCAGGCCAUUUCAAUCACGUCCGCUGCUUCGGUCUCCUGGGCACCUACGACGACGGCCGCGAAUGGCUCAACAAACCGGAGAUCCAAUCCCGGCCCAAGACUUUGCUCUCUCUCGGAUCAACUCUGGGAAGCUUCCAGCGUGAUGAAGUUGCGGACUUUUUAAAAAGUUUUUCUGCUCCAGAUAGUGCUUCUGGAAAGAGCCCAUCGUUUCUAAUCGGUCUCGACGGGUGCAAAGACCCUGACCGCGUCUUCAGAGCCUACAAUGACCCCGAAGGCGUAAACCAUCGCUUUGUCAAAAUCGGCUUGUACCGUGCAAACCAGAUUUUGGGAUACGACGCUUUUGACCUGGAUCAUUGGCAUGUCAAGGGUAUCUGGGAAGCGCAGUACGGUCGACACAGUCAAUACUAUUACCCGGACACUGAUGUGAGUCUGGGUGACCGUGAUGAGAUGAAAUCUGUUCCUGCGGGGAAAAGUAUAUUGGGCGUUCAGAGUUACAAAUAUGAUGUGAAUGAUCAGAACGAGUUGGCGGACAGAGCUGGGCUGGAUAUCACGGAUUCGUGGUCGUCGGGACAGGGUUACAGCGCGGGUCCAGCAGGCCUCAUGGCCGCCUGCUGGGCCGCUCAAUACAGCAUGACCACACGAAUUAUUGAUCAGAAACCCAGCCGGACGCGCACAGGCCAUGCUGAUGGACUGCAAAGUCGCACAUUAGAGAUUAUGGAUAGCUUUGGCUUUGUCGAUCAGAUCCUAAGGCAAGCGGUAGUUGCGGCUGAGAUGUGUUAUUGGGGGCGCGUAGAUAAAGAGUCUGGCAACAUCAAACGAGAAAAAAGGACUUCGUUGCAGCCAGAUAAUCUCUCGAGAUUUGGGCAGGUUCUCCUGAAUCAAGGUCUGAUUGAGGAUGUGCUUAUUCAGUAUAUCAACGGGCUUGGACGCGCCAAGGUUGAAUGGCAGAAACGAGCCGAGAUGUUAGACGUAUCGUCAAAUGACUCUGAGUAUCCGGUGAUGAUCAAGGUGAAAAAUCUGGCGGAUCCUAACCAGAAUGCUGAAACUAUAUCUGCACGAUACAUAGUCGCUUGCGACGGCUCUCGUGGCUGGACUAGAGAACAGCUCCACGUCCCCAUGGAAACCCAUUCAGAAUCAACAUGGGGUGUAAUUGACAUUGUACCCAUAACCAAUUUCCCCGAUGUCCGCCAAUCCUGCGCCAUUAAAUCUGAUACACACGGUAGUAUCAUGACCGCACCACGAGAAAAUCGGCUUCUAAGGCUGUACAUUCAGCUCAAAGGGAAUGAUGAACUGGAGCAAGUCGCUCGACAACGAACAGAAGAAUCGCCGCGAGCACUCGUGAUAAUUGCGGAGAGGGCAAUGAAGCCGUAUUAUCUGAGGAUCUUCCUCGCCGGUGAUGCAGCACAUACUCAUUCCCCCAUGGCCGGUCAAGGAAUGAACAUCUCAAUGCAAGAUACAUACAAUCUUAUCUGGAAGCUCGGCUCCGUAAUGACUCAGCACGCCAGUCCUGCCAUCCUUGAUACAUAUGAAAGUGAAAGACAACCAGUGGCCAGGACACUAAUGGAAUUGGAUAAACGAAUAUUAUCAGCAUAUCAACAGGCAGACCCAAAAGGUGAAGGGGUUGAUGAAGUAAGACAGCAAUAUUCUGGAUUUAUGAGCGGGACGGGGGUGGUAUAUGAACCGAGUAUAUUGAUUGCACGAUCCGAUGCAAAAUAUCGAAUAGCUCGUUCCGGAAUUAAAGACGUUCAUGUCGGGAUGCGUCUGGCAUGCUUCGAGAAGACGGUCAAGAAUCAGGCGGAUGGGUCGACGAAACAUUUGUUAAGUCUUUUGCGCAGCACGGGGGUAUGGAGAUUAUUGGUCUUCGCUGGUGACCUGCGACAAGAAGAGCAAUUGGAGAAGUUGAACGAUCUCGCGAACUCACUUUCAACAAGAAACGUCUUGCAAAAGUUGAGCUCUUCAAUUGAGAGCUUUUUGAUACAUGCUAGUCCCAGAGAUCAUAUUGACUUUUUCGAUAUCCCUGAGAUGUUUCGUCCGUUUGAUGAGACAUUUGGUUGGGAUUAUGGCAGGAUAUUUUCCGAUAGUGAAGAAUCGCCAACGAUUAAUGAAGUCAAUCAUAUCAGCGGUCGUGUGUUUGAAAAGGGGGCCACGGAAUUCGUGAUAUUGUGUCGUCCGGAUCAACAUGUUGCUUGGAUCGGGGGUUUUGAUAAGUUGAACGAAUUGGAGAGAAAGUUAUCCACUAUAUUCAAUGUGUAA